AUGCGCCUGGCGCGGCUCUUGUCCUCCCUGAGACCCGGUGCCCGAAAGGCUUUGCAAAGCCAGCUGGAACACCUGGGCCGUGAGUGUGAGGAGGUGAAGGAGAUCUUUAAGGCUGGGAAGCUGGAGGAAGCCGAGGACCGGUACCAGCAGUUGCUGAGCCGUGUUCAGGCCUUGACCUCCGAGGCGCCCUUCCAAGAUGUCCGGAAAGAGGAGGUGCGAAUCUGGACGAACUUGGCCCUUUGCCAGAAGAAGCAGGGCCGCGUCGGAGAUGCAGCCUCCUCCGCCUCAAGAGCUCUGGAGCUGGAGCCUUAA